CCAGUGGUUAGAGAAUGGGGCGAGAGGGGAGGGGGGCUGGCAGCCCAGAUUCCUGGGCCCUGUUCUCCACUCCUGGGGAGGCCUGGAGGCUUGAGCAGCAGGAGGAGCAGCGCCCCCUCAAGCAGUCCCUGAGCAGUUCCCUGUGGCGUGAGUCACACUGGCGGUGCCUAUUGCUCACCUUGUUGAUGUAUGGUUGCUUUGGUGCCGUGGCCUGGUGCCACCUCUCCACUGUCACCCGCUUGGCCUUUGACGGGGCCUCCCAUGGAACCUCCACUGUCUACCACGCCAGCCCCUGCUCAGAUGGCUAUCUGUACAUCCCACUGGCCUUCCUGGCCAUGCUCUACUUGCUCUACCUGGUAGAGUGCUGGCACCGCUUCGCCCAGGCCCAGCGCCAGCCCCGGGCCAGCACUGCCAGCGUGCACCAACUGGUGCAGCACAUGCAGCAGGCAGCACCUUGCGUCUGGUGGAAGGCGGUGAGUUACCACUACAUCCGCCGGACGCGCCAGGUGACCCGCUAUCGCAAUGGCGACGCCUACACCACCACGCAGGUGUACCAUGAGCGUGUCAACACCCAUGUGGCCGAGAGCCACUUUGACUACACGGCCCACGGCGUGCGCGACGUCUCCAAGGAGCUGCUGGGCCUGGCGGAGCAUCCGGCCACCCGCUUGCGCUUCACCAAGUGCUUCAGCUUUGCCAGUGCUCGGGCCGAGGCUGCCUACCUGGCACAGCGGGCACGUUUCUUCAGCCAGAAUGAGGGGCUGGACGACUACUUGGAGGCACGUGAGGGCAUGCGGCUGGAGGAUGUCAACUUCCAGGAGCAGCUGAUGGUCUUCCCUGAGCCAGGGCGUCCUCCCUGGUUCACCCGGCACUGGUCCUUCUGGGCAGCCUCGCUGGCGCUUCUGUCCUGGCCGCUGCGGGUGCUGGUGGGGUACCGCACAGCCAACGUGCACUACCACGUGGAGAAGCUCUUCGGUACUGAGGAUGGGCCCGGCCCCCUGGAGCCCCCUGGCUAUGGGCGCCCUAUCCCACGUGUGGCCACGGUGGACAUGACGGAGCUGGAGUGGCACAUCUGCUCCAACCGCCAGCUGGUGCCCAGCUACUCGGAGGCCAUGCUGAUGGACCCUGUCGUGGCAGGCGGUGCCUACCUGCGGGGCUGGCAGCGCUGCCGUCGCACGCUGAGCAGCAACUCCCUCCCCUCUUGCAGCACCCGGGCCCUCUAUGCCCGCCUGCCCUUCAGCCGCAGCCGCUUCUCACUGGGCCGAAGCAUCUUCCGCAGCCUGAGUGGGGGAGGGGCAGAGAGAAGGCCCCUGGGGAGCCCACCGUGCUACCAUGAUGCCCUCUACUUUCCGGUGUUCAUCAUGCACCGGGGGGAGGGGUGCUCGUCACAGAGCACCCCGGGCAUAGCGGGUGGGACGCCUCUAUGAACUCAUUGCACAUCCAGGAGCCUGAAUGAACCAUGGGUGCCCGGAGAGAGGAGAAAAGCAACUAAGCUGCCCCCAGGGAGCAAAGGUGCCCCCUUCCCGGGGAACCCCAGUGCUCAUGGCACGCAGGCUCUGGUUGAGUCAGAACAAGCAAAAUCAGCAUGUGAUCUCAGCUGCGGAGCGGUCGAUCCGGUCACCCACUGAGGGCUAUGGGGUCAGGACUGGAUUCUGAUCUCAGCUGCUGUGGGUGGAAUGAAGCUUGGUGAGGUUAGACUGAGCCCAGAGCUGGGGUGGGGGCGUUGCCAGACCUGUGCACAGGUGGUACAGGGGCUGAGGGCAGGGGGCAGUCAUCCCCAGGUGUGCCAGAUGUGCAGGAGGGUGUGGGGCUUCCCUUGGAUGUGACUGGGACUUUCCUAAGUCCCUGAUGCGCUGGGACCCCCCCCCAGGGAAGAGUGCGGUUGUGAGAUGGUUUAAUUUCCUCUCAAACUUCCCCCUCAAAUAUCUAUUUUGCCCUGGAAACACCCUCCUCCCCCACGACUUGGGGCCUGAGGCUGUGCCAAGGGGCUGGUGGUUAAAUUGUGCAUGCCCGGGCAGGCCUGGCUGGCGUGAGAGAAAAUAAAGUGACACAAACCCACAGCAGAAUCUGUGUGUGUGGCUGUGCUGCCUGCGUCCAGAGGGGAUGAGCUGGGCUCUGUGUCCCCGCUGCUGGAGGGCACAGCUCUGCUGUGUUUGUCUAUGACCUCUUGCUGAGGAGGGGGGAUGAGCCCUGCUGGGCAUUGGCAUCUGCUGCCCCCUGGUGGAGAGGUUGAGGCUAGCUGUGAGGAGGGUGCAGGCCCUGCUGGAGGAGAUAAACCCAGACGGGGGUGGAGGGUGUGCAGCUCUGCUGAUCUAUGUGUGCACCUGGGUAGCUCCCUACUGCAUCUCAGCACCGGGUGAGGGCGUCCUGCAUCAACUCUUCCCAGGCCCCACCCAGCAGCAGCUGGUCCUCAGCUCUGUGCAGGAGCUUCAGAGACUAUUGCUGACCCACCUGGGGUAGGCCCAUCCGGGGUCUUAAAGCUGGUGGCAUCUCCCAGGCCUGGGGGUAGCAGGAGCCACUCUAGCAGGAGCAGAUGGGAUCAGUUGCUUGGAAACCAAGUGCCUUGCCGGAGGGUGCUGGAGCCAUGAGCUGAUCCAUGCUGGUGGAGGCGUGGACCAAGCAGUACAAUGCAGCCAGGGAGAUGGAGCCAACUGAUUGGGCAGGGCAGGGCAGGGCAGCCCUGUGGAUGCCCCUUACAGCCAGCCUGCAGCCCCCUGCUAACCCAGCCCUGAGCUGGCCUGCACAUUACAAGUGACCCAACAGCAGCUGCUGGAAGCAUUAGUGUUUAUUGAGCCACUGAAGGACACAGGUGCAUCUGGAACGUCCAUGCUGGCAUGGUGGGGCCCAGGACCUGCUUUCCUGGAGUGCAG